AUGUCCUGCACCAAGCAGUUCAUGAAUUGGGUGGUCGUUCUCACGAUUCUCAUGCUAUUGUACAUUCCAUCAUUCGGUAUUUGCGUUGUUUCUGUAAAUGGAUAUCAUUGUCAAGCAAUGAAAUGUCAUCAUCUUCUUCAAGUAUUCUUACAGAAACAUCAAAGAAUUAAUGACUCUAGUUCAGUGCAAGCCCUUCAAGUCAAAGCUGCCGGAGUAUUUAAAGUUAAAUUAAAGAACAACGAAACAAGAGUGUUUAAAGUGAUUAAAAAGGAUGAUUUAAAUUACAGAUACGAAGCAACUAAAAUUGCUUCAAAACCGUUCAGCUCGGGUCAUGUGAUCAAAAUUAUUGAUUCACAUCAAUUUUCACAAAACGACGAGGAAAGCGGUUACACCUUUGCCGAUGAAUUUAUGGCUUUAGAAAUGCCAUACUAUCCUCAGACAUUGCAAACAAAGUAUUCCUCGAUCAAAAUGAACUCCAAAACUGCUGUGCUUGUUUUGGAGCAAAUGGCGGAAGCUCUCAAUGAUAUUCACUCCAACAAAGUGAUUCAUAGAGAUAUUCAUGCCGAUAACAUUUUCGUGGAAGAUGAUAACGAUGAAGACAUGCAUUUGAUUUUGGGAGAUUUUUCCUUCGCUACUGAAAAGAAAGUUUUUACAAGAAACGAAGCGCCGCCAGAGUUCACCAACCCCUUCAAGUCUGACAUUUAUUCGUUAGGAAAAACUAUUCAACUGCUGACGGACUCUGACGACUUAAUUCCAAGCUUAUCAAAAUUAUUGGAAAAAAUGACAAGCAACGACAUUGAAACUCGUCCUGACAUUAAGGAAGUACAGGAGACCGUGGUAAAGCUAAACAAAAUAUUGGGUCGAACAACUAGUUUAUUUUCAAGGGUUAAAAAACUAUACAGAAAGCUUUUGAGGUAA